GACAGAGUGAGCAGGGAAACCCCAGUCAGCACGAAACAGCCUGUGUCCUCAGAAUAACCACGUGGCACAGCACAGCCCUUCCCCUUUGCCUCUUCCCAGCCUCUCCUGGGCAUCACUCAGGUGAGCUUGACCACCAGAGGAGGAGUUUGCUGCAGCUGCUGAAGAACUGCCAUACUGUGCUUCCCAGAGAAAUCAGGGAUUUCUCUUUGCCAGCUCCCAGAAGUGAGGAGCAGUGAGGCUGUCAGUGUCCAGAGAGCUGGAAAUGAGCAUCCCCAGUGUGAGGGCUGGCACAGAACUCUCCCUGGAAGGUGCCUUAACCUCUGGAAGAAUCCUAAAGAAUCAUGAUUUCUUACACUAUAUUACAGGUACCCUUGUUACUGUUGGCUUAUGGUCACCACUGGGGAAGGGUCUUGGGGGGCUGUGGGUAAGGGGGGUUACACUUUGUUGUUGAGUGGAGUCACCUGCUGGUCAUUCCCCAGAGGCCAGGUCUGCCCAGGCUGGCUGAGGGGGAACAGGUGAGCACAUGGUCAUUAAAUGAGACACUAAUGACCAAAACCAGCUGCAGCUGCUGUGAGGGACUCGCCCUCCCUGCUCUUCCCAAAGCAUUUCCCAGGGGAACAGCGUUUCAUCAGCUCCCUCAGGAAACAGUAUUUUUAAACUGUGUUGCAAUUCUCUCCUCAAGUGUAAACAUAAGUUUUUAUUACAGGUGGGAGGGAGGAACAGCCUCACAGCCAGGCAGGGAGAGCAAGUUCCGACCCCUCUCAGAAGGCUGGCACACCAGUGGCACCUGCUCUGAACCUCCUGAGGGAUGGGGGUGUAGUAGCAAGACCUACUUCCAGUGCAACAACUGACUCCAUUCCUAGCUGUGCCUGGCCAGGCCACAGCUCUUCAAUCCUCCCUUCACCUUCCUAGCCCAGGUGAAUCUCAAAUGUGUGCAGAAUGCCCCAGAGGGCGGCCAGGGCCUUGGCUGAAGCUGCCCGUGGCUGAGCUGUCCCUUGAGGCACAGGUGAGCAGGGGACUGUCCUUGCAGGACAGGUGGGGACAUGGCCUUGGGUCAGUGUGGCAGCAGGAUGAGCCCUCAGCUGCUGUCUGAGGACAAAGAGCCACCCUGGCUCUGGACUGCACUCCCAAGGUGAGGUGUAACCUGUGCUUGAGCAGCUCAGAGUGUCUGAGUGACUGAAAGCAGGAGCGGAACAGCAGCAGAGCAGCCCCGAGUGUGAACCCCCCCGGCCUGCUGCAGCCGUGCGUUUGCAUCCCAGCCACAGCCCUGAGCAGAUUGGGCCUUUGAGGAAACUGACUGAGGGGAAAUUGCACAUUUUGAAAAGGUGGAAAGUGUGACUUAGCCUGUAAAGGCAUUUUCUGUGAAAAAUGCAGAACUGUCAAUUUUGGAUUAAAACAAAACCUGUAGUGCUAUUAACUGUGUUGAAAGGCACGGGGGAGGGAAGGGCUGUGAGGGAGGUGUUGUGCUUGGCAUGCCUGCAGUGAGGCAGGAUGGCAGAUGGUCAAAAUAAUGCAGGUUUCUCCAAAUGGACAAGCUGAGGCAACUCAGAGAGAGAGGGGAAAAGGAAAAUAAAGAAGUAAAAUUAAAAAAAAAAUAAAAAUAAAAAAUACGCGGAUCGCAGGAAUCGUUCACCGCGCGCGGAUCGCGGGAAUCGUGCACCGCGCGCGGAUCGCGGGAAUCCGUUACCAUUACCACGCGCGGAUGGCGGGAAUCGUUCACCACGCGCGGAUGGCGGGAAUCGUUCACCGCGCGCGGAUCAUGGGAAUCGUUCACCGCGCGCGGAUGGCGGGAAUCGUUCACCACGCGCGGAUGGCGGGAAUCGUUCACCGCGCGCGGAUGGCGGGAAUUGUUCACCGCGCGCGGAUGGCGGGAAUCGUUCACCGCGCGCGGAUGGCGGGAAUCGUUCACCGCGCGCGGAUCGCGGGAAUCGUUCACAGCGCGCAGAUCGUGGGAAUCGUUCACCGCGCGCGGAUGGCGGGAAUCGUUCACCGCGCGCGGAUGGCGGGAAUCGUUCACCGCGCGCGGAUCGCGGGAAUCGUUCACCACGUGCGGAUCGCGGGAAUCAUUCACCACGUGCGGAUCGCGGGAAUCGUUCACCGCGCGCGGAUUGCGGGAAUCAUUGCUGGGCACAUGUGAGUGGCAUUGUUUUAUGUGGAUCAUGGAAACCAUUAUCAUGUCAUUAGUGUACACAUCACAGGACUCCACGCCACAGCCAGAGGGCAUUAGCCCACGCGGCUUGCAGGAGCCUUUAGUGCACACGGGAGCCUUUAGUGCACACAGGAGCCUUUAGUGCACACUGGAGCCUUUAGUGCACACUGGAGCCUUUACUGCACACAGGAGAUGUUACUGCACACUGGAGCCUUUA